AUGUAUUUUGACAAGAUAUUAACAAAUGAUCCACUAAUAGCUGUAGCAGAUGAUCCAAGAUACAAAUACACUUGGGAGUUAUAUAAGCGACUUGAAAGAUCAUUAUAUCCUUGGAUUUAUCCUUAUUGGCAAAAUGUAUUUCACAUCAAUAACCAGACACUAAACGCAGAUGGUAGCAGCAAUAGGGGCAUUGUUAUUUGUGUUGGCAAUUCUCAAUUUAAAUUCGCUGCCUCUACUAUACGUGCUAUUCGAGAGAUCUUCCAUUGUGACUUGCCUAUUGAAAUCUUUUAUAUCAACGACAAUGAUCUCUCAGAGGCUAAAAGAUCUUAUUUUCAAAAUGAAUUUAGUCAUGUUACUUUAAGAAAACUAGAAGAUUAUAUCGGAAGAUAUUAUACAAGAUUUGGUGGUUGGGCUAUGAAACCCUUUGCUAUGCUUGCAAGUCAAUUUACUGAGUUAAUCAUGAUGGAUGCUGAUGUUUAUUUCUUACAAAAUCCUUCUAUCUUAUUUAAUGAUACUGGUUAUCAAACAGCGGGCAGUCUUUUCUUUUAUGAUCGUACUCUUUUUCCUAAUUGGGAAAAGGGACCCAAUUGGCUAAGGUCUUUCUUACCUACGAUGAGUUCACUUGUUCCUAAUACACGUUGGUUUAAAGGCUUGUCUUCUCAUGAACAAGAAUCAGGUAUCGUUGUGAUCGAUAAACGUAAGUCUCUAUUGGGCUUACUAUCUACAUGUAAAUUGAAUGGUCUUACAGAGCGUGAUGAAGUUGUUUAUAAACAUGUUCAUGGUGAUAAAGAGACUUUUUGGAUAGGGUAUGAAAUUAUGCAAACCCCUUAUGCAUUCAUUAGAUCAUUUGGCGCUGUUAUUGGAGGUAUGGGUCGUGGUGGUAAUGAUGGUGAACGAUAUCAAGUAUGUGGAGUACAACUUCAUUUAGAUGCAAACAAGAAGCCUUUAUGGUUUAAUGGAGGUCUUUAUAGAAAUAAGCAUGCACACACACUUGAAUAUUUGAAUUUUACUCAUUUCGCUGAAGGUGAUAAUUGGGAGUUUGCUACUCACUGCAUUCGUGAUACAGAUAAAAUUCAAGAAAUUGAUCCUGAGCAGAGAAGGGUUGCUUUAACUACAGUUGAAUUUGAUAAAAAAAGAGCUAAAGAUGAAGAAUUACUUAAUCAGGGCAAAUGGAGACCAAAAGACUAUAGCACGCAUAAUUAG